GUUUGCAAGAGCUCCGAGUUCUUUGUGGGGAGAAGGGCGAGCUGCGGGUAAACACCUGGCGCGCACCACUGCGAAGCAGUGCCGGUUCGCUCUCGGCUGUCUGUCGGUCUUAUGAUGAGUACGUGAGCGCACGGGAGAAGACACCGACAGAGCCGCUUAAAGCUCCAACAGAGCUGGAAGCCCGAUUCGUCGUCGCGGUGCCGUCUUGGUCGCUUGAAGGCUUACCCGAUGCCGAGAGCUGCCGAGAGGUGUUGCAGCACUCAGAUGAGAUGCUGCAGAAGCAGAUGGCUCUGCGUCACUCCGUCAGCUACGUCCUGGGCCUGGGUAGCAGCACUGCCAGUGAGGCAGAGGCUAUGCGGCUUCUCUCCCUCUUCACCAGCCAAGGGGCCGAGGCCUUGGCAGAGGACGCCUUCGGCGCGGCGCGAGACCGCGAGGAGGUGCCACAGUCGAAGGAGGAGUGGGCCUUCCGCCGUGUGGCGGGAGGGCCGGAUGGUUACAGGGGCCUGAUACCGGGGGAAGUAUUCAGCCGCGUCUUGAGUGAGAUGAUGCUGUGGCUUGGUUGUGUCUCCAUGCGGACGGCGGCGGCGGCUCUGCGUCAGGGCACCGCGGAAGAG